UGGAAGGUGUCCCACCCCUUGGCAGGGAUUAGAACUGGAUAGUAUUUGAGGUCCCUUCUAACUUAAACUUUUUAAGAAUUCUAAGACUGUAGGUGGCACCUCUCAGUUGCUGGGUUGUGUGGCUGUGGCAUCCCUCAGCGCUGCUUCUCUGCCCUUCUCCAGGACUCUGUGCCAUCACCCAUUACCUUGUCCAUGGGCAGCUGGGCUGGUUUGGGCUGACCAUGGCCUGUGUGGUGCCUGGCUAUGCCGCUCAGCUCCUCAGCAUCCUCUGGUUCCGGGCGGACGGACACCCACCCAGCUGCUGGCUCCUGGUGCUCCACCUCCUCCAGCUGGGCCUCUGGAAGCGGUGAGAGAUGCUCCCUGUGACCCAUCCAACCCCCCCAAACCCAGGUGCAGUCCCAAACUUGCCCAAACUAGGGUGGACAUCCCAGCAUGGUGACUCCUGCAGGUACUGGGAUGUUUUGCGGAUGGCAGGCGGCAGUGCCCGUGCUGGGGAGGUGCUGACACAGCUCGGGGACGUGUGUGUGCUGCAGCUCCUGGAAGCCCUGUUGCAGACCCUGCCUCACCUCCUGCUCCAGGCCUACGUUGUCGUGGCUGUUGACCCAGUGGGCUUCAUCCCUGGUGUCAGUGCAGGGCUGUCCCUGCUCUCCGUCUCCUGGGCUUUGGCCUCCUACAGCCACUUCACCUGCCUGCUGAAGCCUGGCCACCUCAGCCUGCCGACCAUGGCCAUGCUCUGCCUGCUGCUCUGGAGGACAGGGAUGCUGGGGACCAGGGUCCUGGCCCUGGUGCUCUUUGCCAGGCUCUACUCCUUUUGGGUUUUCGCUGUGGCAGGUAAGACCUGAGAUCCCUCUUCCCCACAUCCCACCCUGAGGUCAGCCCUGCGAUGCUCCUGGUGCUGGAGCUGUUUGCAGCCUCCCCCAGGAAUGGCUUUGCCCGUACAGUCCCUUCUCCUUGCAGGUGUCCACUGGUUGCUCAUGUCCUUCUGGCUGGUGGCCCAGCAGACAAAUAUUGUGGUCCAGCCGUGCCGCUGGAGGCUGUUUAAUGGCCUGGUGGGGGCCGUGUACAUCUUCUGCUACAUCAAUGUCCGACCUGGUCCCUCCAAGACCAGGGUGUCUGUAUUUUAUGCAAUAAUGCUGAUGGAGAACACGCUCCUGCUGCUGUUGGCCACCCGGUUCCUGCAGGCAGAGCUGAGGAACAGCCUGGGUGUGACUGGGGCUGUCAUGUCAGGGUCUGUAAUAGGUGCCACAGCUCUGGUGGUUUAUUACAGCCUGCUCCAUCCCAAGUCCACAGAGAUCUGGCAGGGAUUCCUGGAGACAUCCUGCAGUGCUGCAGCAGUGAGUGAUGAUGAGGUCUCUGGGGAGAGCUCCCAAAGUGGGCAGAGCUCAGGAACUUCAGGAGAUGAAGAGCCCUUGUCAGGGGAAGGGACCACAGCAGAUCCAAAAACUGGGAACAGCUCAUCGCUCCUGCAAUCCAAAGGGUGUUUGGAGGACAGCUGGACAAACCAUCACCACUGGCUGCUGGUAAAGCUGGCCUUGAAGACAGGAGAUCUGUCUGUGAUCAACGCAGCCUUCGGAGAUGGUGGCGUGGGAGAGGUUUAUCCUGGAGGAUGGAUGAUGGAGAAACUCACUGGAGUUGAGCCUGGGGCAAACUUUUCUCUCCCCAUGAGGGACAUUGUUCCUCAGGAGGCUGAACCUGGUCUGACAGUGGGGAAUGGAGGAAGCAUCAAACCCAGCGCUGGCGCUGCAGGAAUGGCACAGGAGGAUGGAGCAGGGCAGGAGCCUGUUUUUCCCCCAUCCAUAUCCCGUCCCAGCAGCUUCUCCCCGGAUUCAGCUGAGGGCUCCUCUGUGUACUUCACUGCUGUUGCAGGAGGCAUCACCUUGCCUGGGACAGGGACAGGCACAGGCACAACGAUGUGCAUGGCCCUGGUGCAAAAGGACAGUGAAGCCCAGCCUUCUCCAGGAUGCCUGAGAGAAGGAGGAGGAGCAGUAGGAAGAGGAGGAGGAGAGGAUUUAUCCCUUGGGAUGGCAAGCAUCAGCCCAAUCCUGGGCACUUGUGCCCACAAGCACCUGCAGAGGAGCUUUUCCCUUGGCAACACAGGCAGCUGUGGGGUGGCAGGUCCCCCCAACGAGGGCUCAGAGGGGACAGAGAGUGCCCUCAUGGAAUGGCAUCACCUCUGGGACAUCCACCCUUGUGGCACGCAGGGAACUGUCAGGAGGAGCAAGCUGAGGUCGCCGUGCUUCACCUCCACCCCCAAGGCUGACCCUAAAUGCCCACAGCAAGGACUGGGGGAACUGGGAGAGGGGACAGACCUGUCUGGGUUGCCAGGGUGACCCUGUAAAGGGCUGCACUGUCACCUUGGGGUGACUGUCUCAUCAAUAAGGCCUGGCAGGAGGUGGUGGGGUGAAGACUGUCCCCGUGAUGCCCCUGACAGUGGGCAGAUGUGCUCCUCCAUCACCAGGACAUCACCUUCCUUCAUGGUGCAUCUUCUACUUGCAUUUUUGGAGAACUUCAAAGGUCUUAAAAAGCCCUAAAAGUCCAGGGCUAGUUAUUUUUUGACCUUAUUUAUGUCACAGUCCUGCCAGGCUGCCAGAGUGUGCUGCCUUUGGUAUAUUUGUGACAAUGACUUGAACUGUGUCCUUUACCAAGUGCCUGUACAAGCUGCUGGCCUGUCCCAGUCUUGAGACCUGGCUGCUGUCUCCAGGCUGCAGUCUUGGCCAAAGCAGGUGUUUUCUCAGGACAAAUAAGUGCCUAAAGCAGAAAAAUUAUGAGUUUUAUGUCCUUCCUUCAGAGCAGAGUAAGCCCUCAAGUAAGGCUCAGCAGUGCUUGGUUUAUCUUUCCCCCACCAAGUUCAUCUUGAGACCUUUACCAACUCCAUUUUUCGGGGUCACAGAUCCUCUUCAUGCUGUAGACCACAACCUCAGGACUCUGAAUUAUAGCCAAGAGCCAUGUCCUGCUGCUUGUCCACUGUCCCACUUCCUCAGGUGGCCUUUUCUGCCCAGUCUCCUCCUUGCCCCCUUCCACCCAGCUUCCAGGUCAUAGAAUCACAGAAUGCUUUGGGUUGGAAGGGACCUUAAAGCUCUUCUAGGUCCAACCUCUUGCCAUGGGCAGGGACAUCUUCCACUAGAACAGCUUACCAGGCUAUAAUCCACAUCUGCCUGGAUGCUGCUUCCUAAAUUUAGCCUCAGGCCAAAUCUCAGAUCUACAUAGUCCUGCCACCAUCAAAUCCCCAGUGCAGACAGGGUUUAUUUAUAUCAGGAGCUAAAUGUGUGGUCUCAGGAAUAGCCAGUGCUUCCCAACAGGCUGGCUGGGCAUGGGUUUGUGCCCAGGACAUGGGUUUGUGUCCAGGACAUGGAUGGAUGUGUUAAUUGAGGUGUGGUCAGCUGGAUUCACCAGCUAAGGUACAUCUGGCCACAUCCUCCAGCUGUUGUCCCGCUGUGGGCAGGACUCCAGUGGUGCCACAGGGCAGGAAAGGCAGCAGGAAGGACACAGGCAUGCAGUGAAUUAUUAAAAAAAGCUUCCAUGAUGCAUUCACUGCUCAGGGCUGACCCAGCCAGAUGGUUCUCCUGGGCACUGAAAACCCAGUUGGUGCUGGUUAUGGAG